AUGAAGGACCUAAUUCGAGACACCAUUUUUAGCCAUAUCCUUCGUUUCUUGACAGGUGGCAGGGUCUUCAAAUACCCCGAAGAAGAGGACCCAUUGCUAUGGAAGAAAUACGUUCACGCCGAAAAGUCGGCCAACAUGGCUAGACAUGGUCAAACGGAAGCACCCGAGGCCGAUGGCGAACAGCAGAGCAGAAGAUCACAAACGAGGUCUUCUUCUUCCGAUACGGCUGUGUCUUCAGGAGAGGCAGGGACUGUGAACGAACCCAGUGGGCGUAUUGUUGAUAAGGAGAAGGGAAAGGAUGUUCAUGUCGUGGACUGGUAUGGUCCCGACGAUCCUGAGAACCCCAGGAACUGGUCACGAAUCAAGAGAUUCUUUGUCACCUUUGAGAUUUGCCUCCUAACAUUCUCUGUCUACAUUGGUUCAGCCAUCUACACAGCCGGUAUUCAAGAUGUUAUGCAAGUCUUUGGCGUCUCCCAAGUCGCCGCAACUCUGGGCCUCACUCUCUUUGUCGCUGGAUACGGUCUUUGCCCUAUGGUCUGGUCUCCACUCUCUGAGAUCCCCCAGAUCGGCCGUAACCCUGUAUACAUCAUCACUCUGGCGCUGUUCGUCGUUCUUCAAGUCCCCACUGCCCUUGCAACAAACUUUGGUAUGCUUCUUGCUUUCCGAUUUAUCACUGGCUUCAUUGGAUCGCCGUCACUUGCAACCGGUGGAGCAUCCAUUGGUGAUAUGUACAGUCCAGCAAAGAGGACCUACGGUAUUGCUGUCUGGGGUGUUGGGGCCAUCUGUGGUCCUACUCUUGGACCUCUUGUUGGAGGUUUCGCAGCUGAAAAGAAAGGAUGGACCUGGACUAUCUGGGAACUCAUGUGGUUAUCUGAAUUCCCUCUUGUUCUCUUCUUCUUUUUCCUCCCUGAGACAUCCUCUGCAAACAUCUUGUACCGCCGUAGUAGACGCCUGCGAAAACUCACUGGCAACGACAAGCUUGUUUGUGAAGCCGAGUUGGCGACACAAGACAUGUCGAUGAAGGACGUUGCGCUGAUGACUCUGGUACGACCGUUCCAGUUGAGCUUAGGCGAGCCAAUCGUGUUUGUGCUUAACCUCUACAUCGCUCUCAUCUACGGUCUGCUAUACAUCUGGUUCGAGUCAUUCCCCAUCGUGUUUGGUGAGACUUAUGGCUUUUCUCUGGGUAUUCAAGGUCUUGCCUAUCUAGGUAUUCUGAUUGCUGUUUUCGUUGUUCUGCCGCCCUUUGUUUGGUAUCAGCACAAGUACAUCGAGCCAAAGUUCAACGAGAACGGGGAACUCAAGCCUGAGUGGAGAUUGCCACCAUCAUUUGUUGGUGCUUUUGCGAUUCCCGUCUGCCUAUUCUGGUUUGGAUGGUCAUCACGGGCAAGGAUUCACUGGAUUGUGCCCAUUAUUGGCACAGGUUGGUUCUCUAUUGGGGCAUUCUUGUUGUUCAACUCUGUCUUGAACUACCUCAGCGAUGCGUAUCCCCAGUAUGCAGCCUCCGUUCUUGCUGGCAACGACUUCUUUAGAAGUGCAUUUGGUGCCGGAUUUCCACUAUUUGCGUCGGCUAUGUACAAGAACCUUGGGGUUGGCUGGGCUAGUUCUACAUUGGCCUUCAUCUCCAUCGCAUUUAUCCCCAUCCCGUUCUUGUUGUUCAAGUACGGUGAGUGGAUCAGACACAAGAGCAAGUAUGCUUGUCAUGAUCUGUAA